CAUGGGGCAACUCUGGGGGUUGGGUCCUUGUUGGCUGGUUUCAUAGGGGAGUCUAUCAUGGUGGCCCUAGCUGCCUGCUAUGUCUAUCAAAAACAGAGAACCAUGAGCACUGUGGAGGAGGACUCGGACCACAUGAUACCAUGAAGAGAAGCCUGCAGGUCCUGCGCCGCCAGCUGCUGAGUGUUCUAGCGAUCCUAUCUGUGCCAGUGGGAGUGGUGUCCUCUACCCUGGAGCUGUACCCCAGCCGGACCCCCAAGGACCCUGUCUCCAUGUCUGCUCCCCACAGCAGCCCCCCUAACCCGCUCCUGCCUCUCCCAGACUGGCAGCAGGAGGACUCCAGCAGCGGGGACCCUUGGUCCACCCAGGGAGGGGCGCUGCCCACAGGCAUCAUCAAGCCCACCACAGCCCCCAGCUCCUGGGGCUGGCAUCUAACCCACCACACCAGCCUGGCACACACUGUGACACCACCCAGUAAAGACAGCCUCAUUCAUGCUGCAGCUACUUUCAGUCCUAACACUGUGAACUCUGUGAGAGUAAACCAAGACCCUGGCCCUAGCUCUGUCAGCCCCAGUCCAGUCAAGCAGGCCCAUUCCCCCAGCUCUGGUGCUCUCAACCCAGGCCACAGCUCCAAUUCUCUCAGUGCAGACCAGGGCCUCUUGCCCAACUCAGUCAAUCAAGCCCAUAGCCCAGAUACUGUUAAUUUUAACCAGGGCAACAGCCCUCCUAGCCCUCCUAGCUCUGCUGGCCCACAGAGUAAGGUAGCCCCAGCUGCAGUGGAGGGGACUCCAGACUCUGGGUCUGCCCUGGCUCCUUCUUUGCCCAACCCGCUCACAGAUAGAGAGCAUACUCUGAGCCUGGAGCUUGGUAGUCCACCGGACCCCACACACACCCAGGAGCCUAUGGGGGGGACUGUCAAGGAGCCCACAGACACCAGUCAGCAGGACUUCACCACUGAGCUGCAGCCUUCCUCUCUCUCCUCCUCUUCCUCAGAGGAUGCUGCUCUAGAUCAGACCCUUUGGGAGCAUGUUGAAGCCACGCCCAAGCUUUCCCGACCCCAUGCCAUCACCCUACGGGAGGUGCACCCCCUGGUCAACGAGGACCCCACCCUGGAGCUCAAAACAGAUGGCAAUGUCACUUUUCAUAGCGGCAGUGUGGAGGGCAUCCUUGGCAAGGACCCUUCCUCCCAGUGGAACAGCUCAUCCGCUACGGAGCCCCCCUCCACGGCCAGUGGGAACUUUCUGAACCGACUGGUCCCCGCCACCACUGCAGACCCCUGGGGUCCUGGUAAUGGCUCCAGCCCAGCUCUGGACUCACCGCUGUCCAGCUCCACCAUCUGCCUGAGCAAGAUGGACAUUGUGUGGAUCGUGUUGGCCAUCAGUGUGCCUGUGUCCUCAUGCUCUGUCCUGCUGACAGUGUGCUGUAUGAGGAGGAAGAAGAAGUCUUCAAAUCAGGAGAACAACCUGAGCUACUGGAACAAUGCCAUCACCAUGGACUACUUCAACAGGCACGCGGUGGAGCUGCCCCGGGAAAUCACAUCCCUUGACAAUGCUGAGGAGACGUGUCUACCCCCUAACGGGGACUACAGAAACAGCGGGGUGGUGCUGGUUAACCCUUUCUGCCAGGAGACCUUGUUCAUCAACAGAGAGAAGUCCUGCGACAUCUAGAGAGGAGGGACGCUGGUCUUCUGGCCAUGUCCUGAAACCACCAAUACAAGACUGUCAAAAAUAAAAGUCUGACUUUCAAAAUUAAAGUCCCCCGCCACUGCUUUCUCCCUAUUCUCCCACCAUUGUCAUUUUUAUACAUGUGGUAAAUCUUCAGAGACUCCCACUUUAUACUGUACAUUAUGAAUAUAUAGACCAAGAUUAAAAGAAGAGCUAAUAACAGACACUAUUUACUAUGAGGGUGCACCCGCAUAUUUUUCUGAUGUGCAUUUUCUACAAAUGCUUAAUUGUGAUAAGCGUUUUUAUGUCUUUAUAAACCACUGAGUAUGUGUGAUUUCAUUUUGUUACAGUGGCUUGAUGGUGAGAACAUUGUGGACGUGGUCACUUGAAUUCUGCUUUAGAGAGAAGAUAUUCUGUAAGAACGUUAUGUUUCAUUUUCUUUUUAAUCAAAUCCCAAAUAAUUACUGAAAAUCCUGUUGAACUUGAAUUCUGUACCUACGAGAUUUAGGGCAAUGUUUGUGAGACCAGGUUUUAGUAGAGGCAAUGGAGGUAUUAUAAUUUGAACUGCCUCUGUAGCAUGGGGACUGUCUGUGUGUGUCUCUCUUUGCCUAUCUCUCUCUCUCUCUCUCUCUGCCUCUCUGUCUCUCUCUCUCUCUCUGCCUCUUUGUCUCCCUCUCUCUCUAUUUGUGUUAUGGAGUAGAUUCUGGUUUUAGCAGAUUUAGUAAAGGUUAGACGUUAAACCUUUACUAAAUAUUUUGAGACCAAACUUAUUCUAACCUCCCUCCAUAAGUACAGUACUUGUCCAGGAGCUUAAACUAUGUAUAGAUUGAAUGAUAUUUUAUUUCAUUUCUGGUUGUAGAAAUGAAAAAGUUCGUAGAAAUCAUGAUCAAGGAAAAUACUGAGAUAUUUUAUCCUGAAUAUUUACUGUGAUCACAUAGUGGCAGUUUAAUCAAACAUACAUAUUUUGUUUCAUUAUCAAAUCAAUUUCAGUUUGUUAUGCUUUACUUUUGCUUUGUCACAUAUUUAUAUUUACUAAAUACUGCGUCCGUUUGUCACAUUGUGAAACGCUGAUCUGUUAAAUCAUACUUCCUUGUGUUUGAAGAUUUUGUUGAAUAUGUUGUCAAUCUACUGGAUGUAUGUCGCUGCAAUGUGCAUGUGGUGCCAUACCAGAGAAAGGGUAUUUUGCUACAUGUAGAAUGGAGAGGAGGGGCAGUAUCUUUUGUCCACCGUAAUGUCUUUUUUUGUAUCGUAGCAUACACUGUACUUUUUACAGCUGAGCAAUAAAAGAGAAAAGCUUUUAA